AUGACUGGACCCAAUACUAAACUGUUGCCUAAGAGCUCUUCGCCGGUUACCAAGGUGGAGACAACAAUUGCUAAGAAACCGGCACCUGAGGAUGACAAGAAGACAGAAAUUCAUUUGGAAUUGACCAGUUUGGUUUCUGAGGCCCAAUACUCGAUUAAAACCUUGGGUAAGCUUAGACAAUCCCCAAACUGGAUUUCUGAUCAAGAAGGACACUUGGAUACGAUGAUGCAUGUGCAGGAGGCCACGGAAAAUAUUCAUCUCAUUCAAGAGCAACUCCGCCGACUUCGUGAAUUGUCACUGGCGGAUAUUGAUACGUUUACGCCCCAUGAUACGACCCAGGCGACAGUGGAUGAUGAUAACAGUGCAACAACAUUGGGCUCCUCAAUACCCAACGCAGGCAGGGUCGACACCAAUCGACCAGUCACCUGGCAGUGGGACUAA